AUACGUUAAAAGUCAAAAUAUGUAUAAACAAUAAAAAUAAAGGGGCUUAUAAUUUAUAAUAGCUUAUAUUUGUUUUGAAUUUUGAAUUGAUAUUGUAUUUUGUUUACUUGGUAAAAUGACUUCAAAUAUUAAUACAAAUGAAGAAGACUGCUUCUUCUUUGAAUCCGAACAUUUAGCUUUAAAAGGCAAUAAAGAUUAUUGUGAUGUUCUUAAAACUUUAUAUAUUCUUGUAGCUCAAAGAGAAAGAUUAAUAAAGGAUUAUAAUCAAGUUGUUGAAGUAAAAAGGCGUGCCUUGGAAGAUACUCACGAUUUAUUUAAGAAAUUUGUAAAUAAAGAAGAUUUGGGUAUGCAAUUGCCUGAUAGGAUGGAGCUAGCAAAGCUGCCAGUAAUUAAAUUUGAAAACUAUGAUGUGAAACUUCCUCAAUCAGAAAUAGAUCUAAUAUAUUCAGAGACAACUCCAGCUGUUCAAGUAGAAGAUGAACUCAAGAAAGCAACAGACAAGUCAAAAUAUGAAGGCAAUAAUGCUUGGACUUCAGAGGAGCAGAAGAAGUUAGAAGAAUUGCUUCUAAAAUAUCCACCGGAACCGAUUGAAAGGAGAAGGUUCAAGAAAAUAGCCAAAGAAUUAGGGACUCGAUCUCCUGCUCAAGUUGCCAGCAGAAUUCAGAAAUAUUUUUUGAAACUGUAUCAAGCUGGUUUACCCAUUCCAGGGAGAUUGCCAAAAUCUGUUGAUAAAAUUAAGAAAUCGUUUUUGCACAAACACCAACGCCAUAACUACUAUUUAUAUAAACCGUCAACUUUCUUUCCCAAAUUUAACCCUCCUGUUAUCAUGGACGAGAUGGAAGAUAUGCCAGGUCCUAGCUCCAGUCACCACCCUGCAGAAGAACCUGCGACACCGUCGAAUUGUCUAGUGGAACCGGAGUACCUUAAUGGUAAUGAAAUGAUGGGCAAAGGUAAAGCAGAAAUUCAGGUACAGUUGCUGAAGAAAGUCAAAGAAAUAAAACUACAAGAAAGGGCGUACGAGAAUUGUUUCCAACAUAUUGAGUUUAAGUGCGAUUAUUGUUCUGCUGAACCGAUUGUUGGUAGCCGUUGGUCGUGUCUAGUGUGUCCCAAACUCACAAACUUCUGUACAGAUUGCUUCGUGUCUCAAAUGUAUGCCAACAACUGCCAUCCUCUGACGCAUCCAAUGGUUAUAUAUCGCGAUGCCGAAAAUUAUUGUCUAUCCCACGGUGAAGACAUAUCUUCUAUGGGAAACGACAAGUCUAAAGACGUAGAUAGUGAUAACGAAGACACCACUGACAGCUUCGAGUCCAUGAAUCGAGCGAUAAAGGAAGAAAACGAGGAAGGUUUAGGAACCGACGAGGAGAGCAGGAGUAAUUUUGACAGUGAUAUGAAUUAAAAUUAGGUUAAGUUUUAUUAUAAAAAAUUAAAUAAAAGGCAUAUUUAUUAU